GUGUUCGCACCGCGUCUUUGCCUGUCCCCGUCUUUCUUUCCUUUGGUUUCGGCCCGUUGCGUCGUCCAUCCGCACUCCUACGUAUCAGGUCAGUACGCUUUUCGAUGUUCGGCUUUUGCUGUCCUUCCCGCCUCUGAUUUCUCGUCUCCGAUGAAUGGUGGAAAAUUCACUACUCCGAGGCCUCUCUUGCCGCUCAGGCUCACUGUCGCAUCCGGAGGAGCACCUCAGGCAGACAAGCUCACGCCUCACACCGACGUUGACUCUUAAAACGCUUGGCCUAUGCACGGUUCCGCAGCCGAGGCCGUCGCCAAGCACUAUUUUCCUCUUCCGGCGCAUUUCCGCCCCUGCUGCCAAACCUCUGACAUGCCAAGCUCAACUCCAAGCUCCGCGCCAAGCGCUCCGUAACAGCCUCGCGGGCACCCCUUCCCAACGUCGACCCAUGGCCUCAUCCAGGAAUAGGUUUCAAGGACUAUUGUCUGGGGUGCUAUGCGCGUUAGCUCUGCCAAGGACGACUGAUGCCGCUAUCUCGACACAUACGACGUCUGCGAAAGCACGCCAUCGGGUCUUUAUUUGUGGGGAAAUUCCUAUUUACGCGCUCUACGGUAGUGCAUUGAGGUUAGCGAGUAGUUCGCGUGUGAGACGCCGCCUGGUAGGAGGUGAGCGAAAUAAGGCCGCGUCUGGGGAAGGGUGGUGCAUCGUGAAUUCGGGUGCGGCACCCAUGAGUGGGAAGGGGGGCUGUAUAAAGACGACGGUGAGGCCGUCUCGUAUUCUUCACCAUCCCAUUUAUUGCUCGCCAGUUCACUUCCUUGACGGUCUUUUCUUUCUUUCCUCCAGCUUGACGCUGUGUUUAUACCUUCCUUACCUUCUUUCCUUCCACAGCCGGGCUGUUUCUAUCCACUCCUUAUCGCCCUUGCUAUAACUCCGUUUCUAUAUCCCACCUCUCUCUUAUCCAUCAUGCGUUUCUCAGUCGCCAUCCUCUCGCUUACGGCUCUGACCGCCGCCCUUCCCACUCCCAACAAGCGCUCGCUCAAGACCCGCCAAGCCGGCGCCGUGCUCGCAGACACCACAUUCGACGCGAUCUCCAUCUCAGGCGGCCAGGCCGGAAAUGCCGAGCAAGAAGCCCUCGAUGUCUUCUCCGCGCUCGACUUGAACAAC